AUGCAGCAUCAUCAUCCAACUAAAAAAGCUGGUGGUGUAGUGAGUUGGGCUUGUUUGAUCCUUCGUGGUGGCAGGAGGAAAGCGAUGGAGGACGUAAGUAUUAAAAGAAAAGGGAAAAGAUGGUGGAGAGACAUAUUGAGUGGCGAAGAUGAUGACAAUAAGCAUGGAAGACGAGGGGUAAACUGGUCGUCUUUCGCAACAAAGGAUCCAUACUCUUUUGUUUCAGCAUCUGGUUAUGACACCGCCUGGUUAGCCAUGAUUCCAAUCCAUUCCGACCCGACAUGUUCCAUGUUUAAGGAAUGCCUGGAAUGGGUGGCCAAUAAUCAGACUGAAGAAGGGUACUGGGGAGACUGCGUGGACGCCCAUGGCGAUCCCUCCAUCGACUCUCUUCCAGCUACUCUGGCUUGCUUAAUUGCACUCCACAGGUGGAAUGUUGGAGCUAAUAAUAUCAAGCGCGGACUGGACUUUGUUCAAGAAAACUCUGAGAAAAUCCUUGGAAAAACCUACGACGACCUUCCUCGCUGGUUUGCCAUUGUUUUCCCGGGGAUGAUUGAACUUGCACGUGAAGCUGGGAUCGAGCUUGCCUUCCCUUCCCAACUAAACGGCUUGUUGUUCGACAUUUUCCACAAACGGCAAAGCCUACUUGAUGCCGAGGAACUUGUUGGCAAUCAAUAUUAUCCUCCAUUGCUAUCAUAUCUUGAAGCACUGCCUUCAACUUACGAUAUUUGUGAACAAGACAUAACCAUGAACUUGAGUGGUGAUGGUUCAUUGUUCAAAUCUCCUGCUGCCACUGGUCGUGCUUUCAUGGCUACCGGAAAUGAAAUGACUCUAUCCUAUCUGCAAAUGGUUGUUGGAAGAUGUGCUAACGGAGUUCCACCAACUUUUCCCAUGGAUGAAGAGCUAAUAAGGCUUUGUUUGGUCAAUCAACUACAAAGAUUGGGGUUAGCUGACCAUUUUACACGUGAAAUUGAAGACAAUUUGGCCAAGAUUUACUGGAAUUACAAAACUCAAGAGUCAACAAGAAAGUCAGGCAAUAGUGCAGAUGUGGCAAUCCAGUUGCACAAAGAUUCUUUAGCAUUUCGACUACUCCGCAUGCAUGGUUUUACCAUAUCUCCUGGUCAAUUAUGUUGGUUCUUGAAUAAUGACAAAGUUCGAGCUCAAAUCGAAGAAAAUCAAGAAUACUUCUCAAUCACCAUGUUCAAUGUUUAUAGAGCUACAGAUCUUAAGUUUCCAGGAGAAGGUGAGCUCGAGGAGGCGAGAUCAUUUUCUAGGAAAGUGUUGGAGAAAAUUGCCUUGAAAGAUACUAGCUUUGGAUGUACCGGGCUGAAGAAAAUGAUGGAGCAUGAACUGAGAUUUCCAUGGAUCGCUCGACUGGAUCGUCUGGACAAUAGAGCAUGGAUCGAAGACAGCAAUAAUACCAACCUUUUGUGGGUAGGCAAGGCCUCCUCCCACAGGUUGUCAACCCUGUUAAAUAAGAAGCUACUGCAACUUGCUGUGGCGGAGUACGGGUUUCGACAGUUGAUAUACAGGAAUGAGUUGGAGGAAGUGACACGGUGGUCCAAGAGCAGGGGUAUGAGCGACAUGGGAUUUGGCCGAGAAAGAACUACGUACUGUUACUUUGCCAUUGCUUCCAGCAUCCCGUUGCAGUAUGACUCUGAAGUUAGGAUGAUAAUAACAAAAAGUGCUGUUGUGAUAACCGUUGCCGAUGAUUUUUACGAUACGGAAGCUUCUUUCUAUGAAUUGAACAGCCUCACUGAUGCAAUUGCAGGAUGGGAUGCUAAGGGAUUGAGUGGUCACAGUAAGACCAUCUUUAAUGCCCUUGAUGAUCUCGUCACUGAAAUUGUAGCUAAAGUUCUGCAUCAGAAAGGAAUAGAUAUCACAUUUUUUCUUCAGCAGAUUUGGUAUGAAACGUUCAAUUCAUGGCUUGUGGAGGCGGAGGCAAAGUGGAGCAUGGGUGGAUUUGUUCCAUCAACGGAAGAAUACCUUGGAACCGGAAUGGUAUCCAUUGCUCUGCACACCAUUGUUCUUCCAGCUUCAUAUCUGUUGGAUCCAAGCCCAACAGCCAGCAAAGUUAGGGCAGGGGAAUACCAGACUGUUACCAAAUUGUCAAUGCUUAUACCUCGUUUACUCAACGAUAUACAGAGCUAUCAGAAAGAACAAGAAGAGGGGAAAAUGAACUAUGUUUUACUGUACAUGAGAGAGAACCCCGGAGCAGACAUUGAAAAUUCGACAACCUAUGUUCGAGAAAUACUUGAGAACAAGUGGGGAGAGUUUCUCCAAAAUGUUCUGAUGGAUGAUGGGUUGGGAGAAUUGCCAAAAGCAUCCAAGCUUCUCCACUUAUCAUGCGUUAAGGUGUUCCAGAUGUUCUUCCAUUCGAGCAACAGAUAUGAUUCCAAUACGGAUAUGCUUCAAGACAUCCAAAAGGCAAUAUAUAUCCCUCUACAUAUUGGAUCCAACUCAAUGUGA